AAUACAAGGUAGGACGUGAUAUUAUUAGUGACUGCAAAUAAAUAGAGGGAAGACCCUACUCGCCUUUAUUCAGUGAAGUAAUAAAGCCGUGGAGUGGUUCAUGAACUUUCAGGAAGCCACAGCAGUUGUAUUCUUUGGGCUUGUUCUAGUGUUGGCCUUCAUCUCUUUCAACCAUCUACUACCAGAAACCAACACCAAAGCCAGACAAGCACCCCAACCAUCUGGUGCAUGGCCGAUCAUCGGCCACCUCCAUUUGUUCCGAGCAAGCGAGCUGCUACAUCCAAAACUGGGAGCCAUGGCCGACAAGUAUGGACCAGCCUUCAUGCUCCGACUGGGCAUGCGCCGAGCACUGGUGGUUAGCAGCUGGGAUGCAGCAAAGCAAUGCUUCACCACCAACGACAAGGUUUUCUCCACUCGUCCAAGAACUGUAGCCAUAAAGCACAUGGGAUACAACUACGCCCUGCCGGGCUUUGCUCCUUACGGGCCGUACUGGCGUGAAAUGCGCAAGAUAUCCACAGUUGAGCUGCUGUCCCAUCGGAGGCUCGAUAUGUUCAAGCACAUCCGAACGUCGGAGAUCGACCUGUCUAUGAAAGAUCUGUACACUCGGUGGGUGAAGAACGGCCAUGGGUCCCCGGUUCUCGUGGAGAUGAAACAAUGGUUUUCUGAUUUGACUAUGAACAUAGUGACCAGGAUGAUCGCCGGGAAACGUUAUUUUGGAGCAGCCAAUUACACAGAUUUUAGCGAGGAGGAGGUGCAAAAGUGCAAGAAAGCCAUAACUGAGUUCAUGCAUUUGGUCGGAAUAUUCGUGGUGUCGGAUGCACUUCCUUUUCUGGGAUGGUUGGAUUUGCAGGGGCAUGAGCGAGCCAUGAAGAGAACUGCUAAACAGUUGGAUCAUAUGCUUGAGAGCUGGUUGAAGGAGCACCGCUGUAAGAAACGAGCAUCGGAAGGAAUCGCCACAGCGGAUGAGAGAGACUUCAUGGAUGUGCUUCUAUCCAUUUUGGAUGAUCACCAAUGCAUUGGUUACGGUACUGAUACCGUGGUUAAAGCUACUUGUCUUGGUCUCAUCUUAGGUGGUAGUGACACUACAUCAGUAACUCUAACAUGGGCGCUAUCCUUACUACUGAAUAAUCGCCAAGCUCUUAAGAAGGCCCAAGAUGAGUUGGAUACCAAAGUGGGAAGGGAUGGACUGGUGGAGGAAUCAGAUAUCAGGAACUUGGUCUAUCUUCAGGCCAUAGUCAAAGAAACAUUGCGCUUGUACCCUGCGGCAGCAGUUUCUGCACCACGCGAAGCCAUGGAAGACUGCACUGUGGCUGGCUUCCACAUUCCAGCAGGCACACAGCUAUUAGUGAAUAUAUGGAAGUUGCAGCGAGACCCAAGCAUUUGGCCACACCCUUGUGAGUUCAGCCCAGAGAGAUUUCUCACGAGUCAUGCAGCAGAUAUUGAUGUGAGGGGUCAACACUUCGAACUUCUUCCCUUUGGGUCUGGAAGGAGAGCAUGUCCAGGGAUAUCUUUUGCUAUCCAAGUCUUACACUUGACAUUGGCUCGUCUGAUCCAAGGUUUCGACUUGGGAACCCCAUGCUGUGAUGCGAUGGUGGACAUGACUCAAGGUAUCGGACUCACUAACCACAAGAAAACCCCACUUGAUGUCCUCCUCACUCCUCGUCUUCAUCCCUUGCUUUAUGGGUAUUAAACAGUACUAUUAUAUAUAUGGAUCAUAUUAAGCACUGUAACAAAAUGUGUGACAUAUGUAACAAUAUUGUUUACUACUUUACUUUAUCAUAGUUUCUAAUAAUCCAUCCUUGCUUAUUAGUAAAUC